AUGUCCGACACGGCGGCGGCGGCGAAGUUCCGAGGCGUGCGGAAGCGGAAGUGGGGGAAGUACGUCUCCGAGAUACGCCUCCCGAACAGCCGGGAGCGGAUAUGGCUCGGGUCCUACGACACGGCGGAGAAAGCGGCGCGGGCCUUCGACGCCGCCCUCUUCUGCCUCCGCGGCCCCUCCGCCAACUUCAACUUCCCGGAUGAGCCGCCGCCGGACAUCCCGGGCGGGCGGGCCCUUUCCCCGCCCGAGAUCGCAGGGGCGGCGCAGGACUACGGGAAUAGCUACCGCGGCGGCCUGUGCACAGUACAUGCUGCCGCGGGAGUCGAGGCCCGGGACUCGGGCGAUGUGGACCGGGCCGGGCUGGUGGACUUGGUUGAUGGGUCGUUUUGGAAGAUGUUGGACAUGAAUUGUGAGCCGAAUGAGGGCUGUGAUUCGGGCUUCGGGCCUUUUGUGGAGCCCGGUGAAAUGCAUGUGGAUCCACAUUAUGGAGCUAGGGUUUAUGAAGAUGAAGAGGGGAGUUACUAUCACGGGCUUUGGAAUUUCUAA